AUGAAGUCACAGUGCCGCAGCCCCGGGACGAGCACCCUAUGUGGAGCUUCCCACGGGUGUGAACGGCGACUCAGGCGGUCCUCAGUAGGGCUAGAUCUGGGCGCCAGGCCGUGCUCUGUGCCAAGCGCCGGCGGAGACACCACCACGCCCCGGAAGUUGCGACACUUCCGGGCAGGCGCCUCUGGUUCUGCUGUGCAGUUAUCUGAACUCUUGUUCCUAACCCUAGCCCAGAGUACCAUUUUAACAGGGCACAAGGUGUUUGCAGUAGAAGAAAUGAUGCUUCAUAUUCAACAUUUGAAAGGAGCACACAGUAAGAAACAGAAGAAAAACUACUGGCUGGUAGCAGUUCUUCAUGAUAGACAAAUUAAAUGAUCUUGGCAAGCAGUUGGGAGUGGAAAUCUUCGGUUUGCUGAUGAAACAGCCAUGCUAGAAAAAGUGAAAAUUGGUCAAGGCUGUGCCACACCUUGGCACUCUUCUGUGAUGAUAGAGAUGGUUAAGUUUGUUUAGGAUUCAGCAUUUUCGAAAGGUGGACAUGAAGAAGUAUACUUCCAUCCAAUGACUAAUGCUGCAAAUAUGGAAUUGAGUCUUGAAGACUUGCUCAUAUUUGUAAAUGCUACAGGACAUGAUCCCAUAAUUCUAAACUUCGAUUAAAAGCUGACUGGGAGCUGGGCAUGGUCUAGUUCUCUAGGCAGAGCAGACUGGUCUUUUGAGUUCUAGGUCACCCAAGGACUACAUAUUCAGAUACUGUGUCCAAAAACAAGCCAAUUAGGCUAAUGCUUAUAAUAAACUCAUUUCUGUCAGCUGUUUUA